UGUGUUAAAAACUCUUGAGUAAUGAACUAUUUUUCAGCACAAUUUGGUGAAAGCCCAAAAGGCUUCAGAAAUCCUUGGUUUCCACAUCAUUAGGCGUUAGCUUUCUGGUUCUGUUGCUCGUUGAUACUUGUAUCGGUUGGCUCUGGUCUGGAGAGCGGCACGCAGCCUGGGAGACCGUGCCGCCAGUCAAGCGCUGUUUAGGGCUUAUACGCCCCACGAACAUUGCUUACAGGAAGAGGGUGCAGUGGAUGAGCAGCUGGACGCUGGUUAACGUUAGACAUAAAAACAGGGAGGGCAAUAUUGAUGCAUUCUAAAUUAUGGAGUUAAGACGGACAAACCCAGCGUGCAAUUGUGUUUUACUAUGUGGAAUAACCUUAUGUCUUAUUUUCGGUAUAAAUCUAACAUUCGCUAUAGAGUUGUACGCCCCGGCGGAAGUGCUGGUUGAGAAUGGCACCACGGGGAUCCUCAAGUGUUCCUUCAAGUCCAGGGAAGUGAUCAGCAGUGCAGCCACAGUCAUCUGGUCGUUUUCCCCGGCGGGAUCCGAUGCCGGAAGCGCUGUUUCCAUUUUCUAUUACACUUCUGCAAACCACUACCCAGGGAGUGUGGCUCAAUUCAAAGACAGGGUGAAAUGGGCGGGAGACCUGAACAAAAAAGAUGCCUCAGUCCAUUUAAUUGAGGCGCAGUUCAACGACAAUGGCACCUACUCAUGUGCCGUGAUUAACCCGCCUGACAUAUCUGGCACCGCCGCUCAGACACAGCUCAAGGUCGUCAUCAAAGAGUCUCUCCCUCAAGACAACACGGCCGUCGUAGUGGCCGCCGUGUGUGGCGCCGUCAUCGGGCUUAUUCUCAUCUCUGUGGUUACCUGCCUGAUCAUCAAGAGGCAUCAAACCACCCAUGAAUACGAAGGAACAGCCUCAAUUCGUCAGGGCAUGGACUCUACAUGGUGUCAAAGGCAUUCCACAGGGAUGCUGGCCCAUGUUAAAGGAACUUAAUCUCUCCAGAAAUUAUGCAUCAGAUGUUCAUAGUUGUCUUUUUUUCUGGAAGCGGCCCUUGCAUUGAAUGGAGGUCUACUUUCAAACUGAUGUUUUAAUGGCCCGUUGGGUUGUGGGGCAUGCCAUGAAUAUCUCUUCUCUCUACUUCCCAGUACACGCACGUUCUUAGUCAGCAGACCUUAACUCUGCAUGGGAUAUGGGGGUUGGGUUAUGGUAGAUUGUCGCUUGUGCCCUCUCUUGGAAUAAUACAGUAACAUGUUUGUUUGAUUAAAAAUGUUUGUGCCCGACAUAACGUAAAUGAAAACUAAUUCGAAGGAUGCGGCUGGAUGAGAGACAUGAGUAGAGGACGUCACGCUACUUCUGUCUAGAUGUUUAGACGCUUCUCUUUUCUCUCUGCAUCACAUGAUUGGUGUCAAGGUUUUUUCAUGACUUAGGCCUAAUAUAAAGCAUUCGUUGACGCACAUCCAAAUCAGUAGGGCAAGUGCUGACUAACGGAAUCGUAAACUUAGCGAAAGUUGUAGACUAAGAUGGACUCCUGAUGAUUUAAUGCCGGAAUGGGCAUUUGGCGGCAGCUCCCCUUUUGUAGGCCCGCGAAUCAAUUUCCCCCUAACUCAGUAGGGGUCUCAACUUAAUGUUGAGAGUUAGAAUAGUAGGUGCAAGUUCAAAAUUUGAUUGUGCAUCAGCGGUUUUCUCAUGUCAGUCACUUGCAGUCACUCAAUUAGCCCAUGUCAGCUUAUAUUUUUAAGAUUGGUAAGUUUGUCUUGCCAGCUAUCUAAACUUGUAGUAAUCAUGGUCAAAUUACUCAAGGGGGACCAAAUUUUUGAUUUUGUUAGUCACUCUCACAUCAUAUUAAAAACUGCAAACAUUGCUCUCCACCCUAUGGCAGAAUUUGUAGAAUUCAGGAAGUUCACUGUAAAACUAGAAAAAAAAUCUACGCCCCAUGGAAAAAUCCGUAUAAUUGUAUGAAAUUAAUUAUACAAAUUGCAAAAUCUUUCCUCAGCCCCAUGGUAAAAUGUGUAGAAUUUCAGCAAACUUGCUUUAAAACUGCAAUAUUUUCUCUACGCCCCAUGGCAAAAUGUGUAGAAUUGCAAUAAUGCCCCCAAAAUGCUAGGGCCAGCUCUGACUGCAUGCAUGGAUGUGGGUACACAAACCCGCAAGCAACUACGGCUCCUCAUAAGUUCAGAUUUUGUGGCCCCCACUGCCAUCAAAGUUGCCCCUCCCUAAUUGUAAUGAGUGUGGAACGAUGUAGAAAGAUGAGAUAUCAUGUCUGUCAGUGCCCAAUGUGAAGGAUAAAAAGUGCAUUGUUAAGCUUGGCUUGUCAUCUAACGUUCAUGUUGUCUGCCACUCACAUGUCACUCAUCCACUACUAACCACUAAUCCCUCCCUCUUCUGUCUCACUGUGAUAUGUUUCCUCUAACAUACCUUCUGAACGACAUGCAUAUGUUCAAGUCUCACAAACUAAAUGCUAACAGUUUCAAGAUGACCUUUUAGUCAUUUAGCUUACAGGAGCAAUUAGGAUUAAGUGACUUGCUCAAGGGCACAAGAUUUUUCAACUUGUCGGCUCAGGGGUUCGAUCCAGCGACCUUCCGGUUACAGGACCAACACUCUAAUCGCUAGACUACCUGCCACCUCAGAUUAAUUUCUAGAAUCAUUUAACUGUAUAUUAUAUUUUAUGUAUUUUAAAUCAAAUGUACAUAGUUUAUCCUACUCUAAGACGCUUAAUACAUCCCAUGGUUAGAUGUGCGCUGAGAGAUCUUGUAGAGUGAACAAACUGAUCAUAUUAUUCAAAAUGGAGGAUAUGGGGUUGCGUCUCAAUUGGCACCCUAUUUUCUAUAUUGUGUGCACUACUAUUGACCAGGGCCUAUAGGGCUCUUGUCAAACAGUGCACUAUUUAGGGCAUAGGGUGCCAUUUGGGACAUAUACAUGGUAUGUGUGUUUCUUUUAGAGUGCCAUGUUUGCUCUUCAGUGUUUAGUGGACGACUGAUUGACAUUGGUAUGUACACAUCUGAAUGUACACACAAAUAAUCUCUCAAGUGGGUGACCACAUCUUUGGGGUGGGGAAUGUUUUUCUCUAAUCCACUUUAUUUAUUCUCUUAUCUUAUUGACCAAUUGAUUGUAGUAUAGGCUAUUAUGUAAACUAAUUCUUUUUCCAAGUCAUUUUUUUUAUUAAGUUGAUGCUUUUUCUUAGUUGAUCAGUUAUUGUCUUCCAUAGGAUGAACGACGAUCUUUAUUUGAAUGUGCUCCUGGUGCCCAUACAAAUGCUUUGUUAAUCUCUACCCAAUGUCUGUCACUCCUGCAAACCUCUCCUCCCAACCACUAGAAGCAGUCAUUUAAAAAUGUGCCACA